AUGGUGGUCAGCCCCGCGGGCAAGGCCUCGAGAAACGACCUGUGCAGGGCACGACCCCCGGAGGUGCCUGCUCCUUCUGCCUGCAGCUUCCCCCAGCGUUCCCCGCCCCUUCUGACCUACCUGUGCUGGACCCUCCAUCCCCUCCACCUCCGGAUGGGUCAGGUCCACCUGGGGCAAGACACGUACAACUUGCCCCCUCUGAGCAGCCUGGCUGGAGCAAGGGACUUCCUCACCUGUUCUCCAAGGGGAAGACCCAACGGCAGCUUCAGGAUGCCCGAUGCCUCCUCUCCCUCCAGCGAUGCCAGCUGCAGGGAGGACAUAUGCGUGUCACACAGCAGAAACUGUGGCAUCGACGUGACCUCAUGGCAUAUCCCCGGCUUCUGCAUCCACUGCCAGGGUGUUUGCAGCUCUCUGCAGCCAUCUGUGAGUCCAGGAGAGCCAUCUCCACCAUCCAUCCAGCCGGCGGGCUCCGAGUUGGUUGUUGACGCUGGCGGUGAGCUCCGGCUGCUGUGUACUGACCCGGGCUUCGCCAAGUGGACCCUCGAGGCCCUGGGCCGGGUGCAAGAGGACUGGCACAGUGAGUGGGUCAGGGAGAAGGCCCAGGCCACAGACACAGGCCGGUAUACCUGCACCAACCAGCAAGGCCGCAGCAGCUCCAUUUACGUGUUUGUUCGAGACCCUGCAAGGCUCUUCCUGGUCGUCGACCGCUCCUUGUUCGUGAAGGAGGACUCCGACACACUAGUCCGCUGUCCCCUGACAGACCCAGAGGUGACCGGUUACUCCCUCAGGGGCUGCCAGGGGAAGCCUCUCCCCAAGGACCUGCGCUUUGUCCCCGACCCCAAGGCGGGCAUCACCAUCCGGAGUGUGAAGCGCACCUACCACCGCCUGUGCCUGCACUGUGCUGCUGAGCAGGCAGGUGCCGUGCUGCUGUCAGACAAGUUCACCCUGAAAGUGUGGCCAGCCUUCAAGGCGGUGCCUGUCGUGUCUGUGUCCAAAGCCAGCGCUCUCCUCCGUGAGGGCGAGGAGUUCACAGUGACGUGCACCAUCAGAGACGUGUCCAGCGCCGUGAGCUCCCUGUGGAUAUGGGAUCAGGGCCAGACUGAAGCACAGGUAAGCCAAGAUAGCUGGCAUAAGGGUGACUUCAAAUAUGAACGUCAGGAAACCCUCACGAUCAGCUCAGCAAGAGUUAAUGAUUCUGGAGUGUUCAUGUGUUAUGCCAAUAAUACUUUUGGAUCAGCAAAUGUCACAACAACCUUGGAAGUAGUAGAUAAAGGGUUCAUUCACGUCCUUCCUGUGAUGAACACGACCAUGUUUGUGAACGAUGGAGAGAAUGUCAAUCUGGUUGUUGAAUACGAGGCAUAUCCCAAACCUGAGCACCAGCAGUGGGUCUACAUGAACAGAAGCUUCUCUGAGAAGUGGCAUGCAUACCCUAAGUCUGAGAACGAAAGCAUCAGGUACGUGAGUGAACUCCGUCUCACCAGACUGAAAGGCACUGAAGGAGGCACGUACACGUUUCUCGUGGCCAACGCUGAUGUCAGUGCUUCCGUGGCAUUCAGUGUUUACGUGAAUACAAAACCCGAAAUCCUGACGUAUGACCGACUGGUAAACGGCACACUGCAGUGUGUGGCAGCAGGCUUUCCGGAGCCUGUGAUCGACUGGUACUUUUGUCCAGGAGCUGAGCAGAGGUGCUCCAUCUCAGUGCUACCUAUGGACGUGCGCGCACACAACGCAGCAGGGCCACCAUUCGGGAAGCUGGUGGUCCAGAGUUCUGUGGACUCCAGCGCAUUCCGGCACAAUGGCACGGUGGAGUGUAUGGCCUACAACAGUGUGGGCAGGACCUCUGCCUACUUUAACUUUGCAUUUAAAGAACAAAUCCAGCCCCACACGCUGUUCACACCCCUGCUCAUCGGCUUCGUCCUGGUGGCCGGCAUGAUGUGCGUCCUGGUUUUGAUCCUGACCUACAAGUAUCUCCAGAAGCCCAUGUACGAGGUGCAGUGGAAGGUCGUGGAGGAAAUCAACGGCAACAAUUAUGUGUAUAUUGACCCAACACAGCUUCCCUAUGACCAUAAGUGGGAGUUCCCCAGGAACAGGCUGAGUUUCGGGAAGACCCUGGGUGCCGGUGCCUUCGGGAAGGUUGUGGAGGCCACUGCUUAUGGCCUGAUCAAGUCGGAUGCGGCCAUGACCGUAGCUGUGAAGAUGCUCAAACCCAGCGCCCAUCUAACGGAGCGGGAGGCCCUAAUGUCUGAACUGAAGGUCCUGAGUUACCUUGGCAAUCACAUGAAUAUCGUGAAUCUCCUUGGGGCGUGCACUGUUGGUGGGCCCACCCUGGUCAUUACGGAGUAUUGUUGCUAUGGUGAUCUACUGAAUUUUUUGAGAAGAAAACGUGAUUUGUUUAUUUGCUCCAAGCAGGAAGAUCAGGCAGAAGCAGCCCUGUAUAAGAACCUUCUGCAUUCAAAGGAACCCUCCUGUGACAGCACCAAUGAGUACAUGGACAUGAAGCCUGGUGUCUCCUAUGUUGUCCCAACCAAGGCUGACAGAAGGAGGUCCGCAAGAGUAGGCUCAUAUGUGGAGAGGGACGUGGCCCCUGCCGUCAUGGAGGAUGACGAGCUGGCCUUGGAUCUGGAGGACCUGCUGAGCUUCUCAUACCAGGUGGCCAAGGGCAUGGCGUUCCUCGCCUCCAAGAAUUGCAUUCACAGAGACUUGGCAGCCAGGAACAUCCUCCUGACUCAUGGUCGAAUCACGAAGAUCUGCGACUUUGGUCUAGCUAGAGACAUCAAGAAUGAUUCCAAUUACGUGGUUAAAGGAAACGCCCGACUCCCUGUGAAGUGGAUGGCGCCUGAGAGCAUCUUCAACUGCGUGUACACGUUUGAGAGUGAUGUCUGGUCCUACGGCAUCUUUCUGUGGGAGCUGUUCUCUCUAGGAAGCAGUCCCUACCCCGGCAUGCCUGUGGACUCCAAGUUCUACCGGAUGAUCAAGGAGGGCUUCCGCAUGCUCAGCCCGGAGCACGCACCAGCCGACAUGUAUGAUGUCAUGAGAACCUGCUGGGACGCCGACCCCCUCAAGAGGCCGACAUUCAAGCAGAUCGUCCAGCUCAUUGAGAAGCAGAUUUCAGAGAGUACGAACCAUAUUUACUCCAACCUGGCCCACUGCAGCCCCAGCCACGGAACGCCCGCAGUGGACCACUCUGUGCGGAUCAACUCUGUGGGCAGCACAGCCUCGUCCUCCCAGCCUCUGCUUGUGCGCGAUGAUGUCUGAAAGGACAAGGCGGCCUCCCCCCGCAGCGGCCCCAUGCUCCUGGCUUCCAUGAUGGUUACUUUGUCCUCCUCUGACUUGCAUCCCUCUCCGGGUCAUGUAUGCCCACUGCUGUCCUGUCUGAGCACACUUUAGUGGCCACUGAUGUUGGCCGCAGCCACCAUCCCAUUGCAAAGGUUCGAAGUGUAUAUAUUCCCAAUAGCAAAGUAGCUCCCACCAUGAAUGGAAAAAUGUCUGAUUUGGGAAAAGUGAGGGAGGGACAGGCUGCAGCCCAAGUCCUUCCAAGGCUUCUCCAGUUCUGCUCAGAAAGCGCGGUUGGUUUAUCUGAAUAAAUUGUCGUGAUCACAUGUGGCCUUGGGAGCCACACGUCACAUGUGAUGCUGAAGUAAGAUUAGUUGCUGAGAUCUAAGCCCUUUACGUGGAAAACACAUUUCAAGGACAAGGGCUUGAACCCAGCACCUCCUGCCAGGAAUGAGCCAGGCCAUGGAAUGCGUUUCCGUGUGAGGAGUGACGCAGCCGUGGGCCACACUGAGCUGGGCACUGCCACCGCUGGGUUUUAGAUACUUUGCUGUGAGGGCGUUGAGCUGGAGAGAGGCUUCCCCACCAGUGCCUGUAUAUACUCACCUACCCCUGUCCAUGUGUGCACAGAGGGGUGUCCCAAGUUAGUCUCUGUGUGCACCCCAGCUUUGUGUCUACUGUGUGUAGGACUAGAAUGAGAGCCAUAUAUGUUGAAGGAAACAGUUCAUACAUGUCUUUAAGGAAGAAAUGUAGCCGCCAAGCACAGUUUUAACAAAAUCCCCUCUUGUAGUCGAUGAACUUGAUCCAUAGAUUCUCCAAAACGAGCCUCAAUUUCAGAACGGUGUGUGCUGGGAGGUGUGGGCUCCAGUGUGAUGCAUGCAGGGGUGGGCGGUGCUGGGUUCUCACACAGCAGGAGAUGAUGUGGAGGCUCGUUCCCCUUUGCAGGCAUGUUCUGGAUGCUGGCCAUUGUAUGUGUGCAUAGGUGUGUGUGCAUAAGUGUGUGUGUGCAAACAGGUGUCCUGGGAUGUCUCUGCACUGAGUCCUGGAGGGCCCUCAGUCCCCAGGAAGUUCAUGGCUUCCACUGUCAUGGUGCCCUUGCUAGCCUUCACACAGCCAUCUAAGGAACCAUUUGGAAUCCCACAUUGUUGCCCACAUGCAGUCCACCUGUGUGAGAGUGCCUGCACCUAGGGUGCUCUGCUGUGAGAGUCUGUACCUAUACCUGCCUUGAGACCCCUGCCAUGCCACUGUCCAUGGGCAUGUGCUUAGUGUGCCCCUCGUACUGUGACCUGGAUCAAGGCACACCUUCCUGUCCCCUAGCUGACACACAAGGAGCUUGGCCACUCUGGGUCUCUUGGUCUUCCUAUGUCCUCCUUGUCCCUAGACACGCAGGGUCCGUGGCCACUUUCUGGGUCUGUUGGCCUUCCUGUGCCCUCCCAUCCCCUAGCUGACACACAGGGCCUGUGACCAUUGCCCGGAAGUCCCACUUGCACUGGCAUCCUGUGCAAAUGUUCUUUUCCAGAGCCUGCAGGUUUUGAGGUGUUGUCAACCAAGAUUGUUGCUGUCUGCCAUACUUUAUCUGAACUAUUUUUUUGCGUUUCUAUUGACUUUGAUCACGGUUAAAAAAAAAAAAAGUGAUUAUUACUGUCAAUGUUCAGGUACUUCAGGGCGCUGCAUGAGAGUUUUGUGUUGGAUGUUCUUGAAAGUUUAUAUUUUUAUAAUUUUUUCUUACAUCAGAUAUUUCUUUGCAGUGGCUUAAUGUUUGAAAUUAUUUUGUGGCUUUUUUUGUAAAUAUUGAAAUGUAGCAAUAAUGUCUUUUGAAUAUUCCCAAGCCCAUGAGUCCUUGAAAAUAUUUUUUAUAUAUACAGUAACUUUAUGUGUAAAUAUGUAAGCGGUGUAAGUUUCAAGGCUGUUGGUGUUUCAUGUUUUAUCCUGAUAUAUUGUCCAGCUGUUGACAGUUCUGAAGAAUUCUAAUAAAAAUGUAAAUACAUAAAUCAAA